AACCAAACUCACCAAACAUCGACAAUUUCACAACAGCGGACCUGUCGACGAGGAAGUGCCAAGAUGGCUCCGAGUGGACUAAAAGCGAUCGUAAACGAGAAAAUCCUGAGCGGUGUCAUCAAGAGUGUGAAGAAGGAUGGGGAAUGGAAGGUGCUCAUCGUGGAUCACAUCAGUAUGCGGAUUCUGUCCUCUUGCUGUAAAAUGUCUGACAUCAUGGCAGAGGGCAUUACAAUCGUGGAGGACAUAAACAAGCGGAGGGAGCCGAUCCCUAGUCUGGAGGCCAUUUAUCUCAUCUCUCCUGGGCCAAAAUCAAUUCAAUCUCUAAUUGGGGAUUUCAAAGACUCAGUCUUCACAUACAAGGCAGCACACAUCUUCUUUACGGACACUUGUCCUGAUGGGCUUUUUGCCGAGCUUGGGAGGUCGAGGGUUUCCAAGGCCAUCAAAACCCUGAAAGAAGUCAAUGUGGCUUUCAUACCAUAUGAGUCGCAGGUGUUUACUCUGGACAACCCCAGCUCCUUCCACACUUUCUACAGCCCAACUCAGACUAAUCUAGAUGACAGGGCCAGGAUGAUGGAGGCCAUGGCCGAGCAGAUCGCCACACUCUGUGACACACUGAAGGAGUACCCAGCCAUCCGCUACCGCCAGGGCCCAAAGGAGAAUUUCACCCUGGCUGAGAUGGUGAUGGACCGUCUGAAUGCACAUAAAGCAGACAAUCCCAGUAUGGGAGAGGGCACGGAUAAAGCUCGCUCCCAGCUGCUUAUAGUGGACCGUGGACAUGAUCCCAUCUCUCCAAUCCUGCAUGAGCUGACCUUUCAGGCUAUGGCCUACGAUCUGCUAGACAUCGAACAAGACAUUUACAGGUAUCAGACGACAGGGAUCGGAGAGGCUCGAGAGAAGGAAGUGUUGCUGGACGAGGACGAUGAGCUGUGGGUGCAGCUGCGGCACAUGCACAUAGCAGACGUCACCAAGAAGGUGACGGAGCUGCUACGCACCUUCUGUGAGAGUAAGAGGAUGAACACAGACAAGGCCGAGAUUAAAGAUCUGUCUAAGAUCCUGAAGAAGAUGCCACAGUACCAGAAAGAACUGAGCCUGUACUCUACCCAUCUGAACCUCGCUGAUGCCUGCAUGAAGAAGUUCAAGAACUUAGUAGACAAGCUUUGUGAGGUGGAACAGGACUUGGCCAUGGGAACAGAUUCUGAGGGGGAACAGAUCAAAGACGCUAUGAAGAGUAUCGUCCCUGUUCUGCUCAACACCGAGAUCAAACCCUACGACAAAAUCCGCAUCAUACUGCUGUACAUUUUCCAUAAGAAGAAGGGCAUUGGUGAAGAGAACCUCACAAAACUCAUUCAGCACGCAAACGUGCAGCAGGACAAGAACAUAAUCACCAACCUGCAGCACCUGGGCUGCCCCAUCAUUACUGGGGGCGCUAAUGCUGGUAAGACUCUGCCUGACAGGAAGGAGCGCACAGAAUCCACGUAUCAGCUCUCCCGGUGGACACCCGCCCUUAAAGAUGUGAUGGAGAAUAUCAUUGAUGACAAGUGUGACAGGAAGCAGUGGCCGUUUCUGUCUGAUCCUGCCCCAGUCACCACCACAACCACAGACACCACAGUCGGCAGCGCACGGUUCGGACACUGGCACAAAAACAAGGCUCCCACAGAGUACCGCAGCGGCCCGCGCCUCAUCAUCUUUGUGAUUGGUGGCAUGACUCAUUCAGAGAUGCGCUCUGCUUAUGAAGUGUCCCGGGCCACCGAGGGCAAAUGGGAGGUUCUGAUUGGAUCGUCUCACAUUCUGACUCCAACCAACUUUCUGAAUGACCUGAAGAAUUUGGACCAGUCUGCGCCUGUUUAGCAGUACAUCUCUGAAGAGAUUGAUUGAUCCCUCUGAACUCAUGUGAAACCUGAUACUCUGACCAGUAAAAAGACACAUUUUAGAUCUUGCUUACUGAUUAUCUGUGGUCUUUUAAAGUAGUAAUUUUAAUUACACAAGCUAAACUGGUAGCAUAUGUGUGUAUAUAUAUAUAUAUUAAAGCUAUGGAAGACUGAUGUUUAAUUUAAAUUA